AAAACUACAGCGAAACAAAAAUCAGCGAGUCAACUGUGGAGCGCUCAGUCGGUGUUUUAACUUUAAAAUGAAAAUAACUUUUAAAAUUAAAACUUAAAUGCGCUUGUGCAAGUUAAAAUACUAAACAAUUCGAAUUUAUUGAGUGUAAGGAAGUGCUUAGCAUAAAUGCAGGACUUUCGGUGAAGUGCAAUAACAGUCGCUUGUAAAUGCAAUUUGUAUUUGAAACAAUUGUGAACAUUUAGAACGAAUGGGAGCGUGAACAUCUGUCAGUUUGCGGUCGCGCUGCUUCUUCCUUUCGUCGCCACUGUGCAUUAUUGUUGGUGUGUUGUGUGCAGUUUUGUGUUGUUUUUAACUGUUUGGUACGUUUUUACUACCAUUAAUAAAUUGUCGUGAAUGUGUGAUAAACAAAAGCGUGUAGUAAUUUUUAUAUCAAAUAAUAUUUUAUUUAUAAUACACCACAACUCGCAGCUAAACAGAAUUCAGCGUUUAGGAGAUAAACGCGCCACCAAAUCACUAAAUAUCACACCGUAACGCAAGUGCCAAAUUUUUUAAACGCAACUUUGCCAAAUUUUUAUACAGCGGAAAUAAACAAUACGUCCAAAUAAGUAAACGUUAGCAUAUAAUAUUAAGUGUUCUAUGUGCGUGUAGUUUUCAAACAUGGAAAUAUACGCGCCUCUACACACAUUUGCCUGCAACAGCGUCGCAUUCAUAUUCGCUAAAUGAAGAGUUAUAGUGAUUACCAUAUUGGCACCCCUCCCAGCAGCACUGCAACCGCAUUGGAGCAUCACUUGGAACAGUAUAGCCCCACAGCUAUUAGCACCUUAGCCAACGGUCACCAGCAUCAUCAUCACCAACAGCAGCAGCAGCAGCAACAACAACAGCACUCACCAGCACACCAGCACCAUCAUCAAUUGCUACACCAUCACUCACCGCAUUUACACGACCUCAACGACUCGUUAUCACCACCCACGUCCAUAUUGCAAACACAUAACGCUGCAGCCAUAUCGGCAGCUGUUGCAACGUUGCCACAGAUGCCGCACUUUGGACUUGGUGGCGGUGUAGGUGGCGCUUAUGCGCAAACACCACCCAGUCCGCCGGUACAUCAUGGCGCUGGCGGCGGUGGUGGUUUAUUGCCACCCAAUUCGCCACAUCAUCAUCAACAGCAACACCACCAGCAACAGCAGCAGCAACAACAUCAUCUUGCUAUGCUGCCACGCGGUUUGAAUGCUGGCAGCGGUGGUGGUGGUGGCGGUUGUGGCCCACUCAUGUCUACAGGUCUGAAUUCCAAUGCGGUUGGUGUGCCAUAUCGGCCACAUAUUGAGGAUAAAAAAUUGACACGAGAUGCAAUGGAGCGUUAUAUGCGCGAACGCAACGAUAUGGUCAUUGUGAUUCUACAUGCGAAGGUCGCGCAAAAGUCAUAUGGCAAUGAGAAGCGUUUCUUUUGUCCACCACCGUGCAUUUAUCUAUUCGGCAGCGGUUGGCGUCGCCGCUACGAGGAGAUGCUGCAGAAGGGCGAGGGUGAGCAUUGCGCUCAGUUGUGCGCCUUCAUCGGUAUCGGCAGCUCGGAUCAGGAUAUGCAACAACUCGAUUUGAAUGGCAAGCAAUAUUGCGCUGCCAAGACGCUGUUCAUUUCCGAUUCGGAUAAGCGUAAGCAUUUUAUGCUGUCGGUGAAGAUGUUCUACGGCAACGGGCACGACAUCGGCGUGUUCAAUUCGAAACGCAUCAAAGUCAUAUCGAAGCCAUCGAAGAAGAAGCAGUCGCUGAAAAAUGCCGAUCUAUGCAUAGCGAGCGGCACCAAUGUGGCACUGUUCAAUCGCCUGCGCUCGCAAACGGUGUCGACGCGUUACCUGCAUGUGGAGAAUGGACACUUUCAUGCGUCGUCGACGCAGUGGGGCGCCUUCACGAUACAUUUGCUCGACGAUAAUGAGUCGGAGUCGGAGGAGUUUCAGGUACGCGAUGGCUACAUACAUUAUGGUGCGACGGUGAAACUAGUGUGUUCGGUGACGGGUAUGGCGCUGCCACGCCUCAUCAUACGUAAAGUGGACAAGCAAAUGGCACUGCUGGAGGCUGACGAUCCGGUGUCGCAAUUGCAUAAAUGCGCUUUCUACAUGAAGGACACGGAUCAUAUGUAUCUCUGUCUGUCACAGGAGAAAAUCAUACAAUUCCAAGCGACACCAUGUCCGAAAGAACCAAAUAAAGAAAUGAUCAACGACGGCGCCUGCUGGACGAUCAUCUCGACUGACAAAGCUGAAUAUCAGUUUUACGAAGGAAUGGGUCCUGUGGGCUCCCCCGUCACACCGGUGCCAAUUGUAAAUUCGCUCAACUUGAAUGGCGGCGGCGAUGUAGCGAUGCUGGAACUGAGCGGCGACAACUUUACGCCGCACUUGCAAGUCUGGUUCGGUGAUGUGGAGGCGGAAACAAUGUACCGCUGCACGGAAACACUGCUAUGUGUGGUGCCGGAGAUCUCACAAUUCCGUGGUGAAUGGUUAUGGGUUCGUCAACCCACACAGGUGCCCAUCUCGCUGGUGCGCAACGAUGGCAUCAUUUAUGCGACCGGUCUAACGUUCACCUACACGCCGGAGCCUGGUCCACGACCGCAUUGCACACAGGCCGAGGAUGUAAUGCGUACGCGCAAUGCAACAGCAACAACAAAUAACAAUAACACGGGCAACAACAACAAUCUGAGUGGCAUGAGCAACAAUAACAACAACAACAAUGUGGCGCACUCACCCGGUGAUGGUGGCGCCGCGAACAAUGCAACGGUGAAUGCCAGUCAUCAAAUGCACCAAACAUUGCCGUCCAUGAACGAGGUGCAGUGGAAUACGCACGGCGGCGGCGCAUUGUCCUGAGUGCGGGCGCCGCAUAUGCUGUCGGCAUAUUACGGUGUGGCUCUAGUGGUGGAGCAGACAUUUUUUAUGCUUUAGAAGUUAGUGAGUUGUUUGCGUGCAUACUCUCAGUCUUUAUUAUGGGAAAUUUUUAAGAAUUUUUUUAUUUUUUGUAAUUUUUGUAUUAAUAAUUUUUUAACUCUUACGUAAUUUUUUAAU